CGCUCAGGGUCAUGCUACAGUGACGGACAGAGGGCAAUAAUGCAGCUCCUGCUGCUCGUCGUCCUCGCCCAGCUGAGCCUCACCGGCUCCAGCCCUCCGCCGGAUCCCGUAGCCUGCACCAACGGCACUUCCAACUGCAUCAUCAACAACCCAUAUGCCUCCUUCCCGGACCGCAGAACCUGCCACGCCGCCCGGGUCGCCUACCCUCGCAGCGAGCAUGAGCUCGUCGCGGCCGUGGCGGCCGCAGUGGCGGCCAAGCGUAAGGUGAAGGUCGUCACGAGGUACUCUCACAGCUUCACCAAACUGGCCUGCCCCGGCGGCAGCGCCGGCGCCAUCAUCAGCACGCGGUGGCUCAACCGGACCGUGCGGAUCGACGCCAAGAAGCGGCUCAUCACGGUGGAGAGCGGCAUGCUCCUCAGGGAGCUCAUCCGUGCCGCCGCCGCGGCGGGGCUCUCGCUGCCUUACACGCCGUACUGGUAUGGCCUCACCGUCGGCGGCCUCCUGGCGACCGGCGCGCACGGCAGCUCGCUGUGGGGCAAGGGGGGCGCCGUGCACGAGUCCGUGGUGGCGCUGAGGAUCGUGACGCCGGCACCGGCGAGCCGGGGCUUCGCCAUGGUGAGGGAGCUCGGCACCGGCCACCCGGACCUCGACGCGGCCAAGGUAUCCCUCGGAGUCCUCGGCGUCAUCUCUCAGGUAAAUUUGAGCUAGAAUUGAAACUAAGUGGCAGGUCACGAUCCAAGGUACAAACUUUUGACGAAUCAGAGCGCGACACGUGUUGUCACGUGGAUCAAAGGGCCCAUCAGAUGAAGGAAACCGACAUUACAGAGACUUAGGCACAUGACAAGGCCAAUGGAACCCACCUGAAAGCUUCCUGGCCAAGGGCGGUGGCCAGAGGUCGGGCCCACUGGUUCGGCCGACCCGAACAGUGGCAGGCGCCACCGACUACCAGCUUUGGCCAGCAACUUCCUUACAUCGGUUUGAGGUGCCUCCCCUAUUGUAAACGUCGUGUGAAGACCCCAUACUCCUCCCUAUAAAUACAAGAGGGGGUAGAGAAUGAGACACACACACCACACACCCUUCACCUCUCUUCUCCACUUGGAGCUUGGGAGCUCUCCUUAGGUGCAUAGGAAGCCUAGGAUUGUAGAGAAAAUAGGGAGAGAGUGAGGAUGAGUCGGAAAAGUGCCAGGCCUGUCGGCACUUUUCUCCGCUUGUACCUCGACGGUUACUUAUUGGUCAUUGUAAUUGUUUGUGACUUUUUCAGUAUUCAGUAAUUUAAAUUCAAGUUAAGUAGUAGUUCCUGGUUGUUUA